AAAAGAUUACCUCUUUUAUUUCUAAACUAAUCUUUCAGCCGCUCGUCUUUCAAGCAAAUACUUCAUUUCAACUUUCAUCUUACCAGGAAGAUUUCAGACGUUUCGAUGCAGUUCACCGUCUUUCUGUGGAGGAAUGUGAUUGAUGUCCCUGAUGGUUACUGAUGGAGUUUGUGUUUCUACUCGUGCAGCUUAACCUGGAAACAGCAAGGGACAACAUGCAGUAAAACAAUACAUCAGAUUUUCUUUCUGCGCUCCUUCCAUAUCAGCUUUUCAAGGCACGGUAGAGUACAACACUACAUCUGAAAGGUUGAUGAAAACUUCGAGGCUGCGAGUACAUUGCAUACGUCUUCGGGAAUCAAGUUCCAUAGCAGCUAAUAACACAGUUUUUUUGUAAGAGAAUAAGGGAUAGCGUUGUGUCGCUGUCACUCUGGUUCCCUAUGUCCCUGGUAAUCACUCUCACUCUGCUUCUCUCUGUGCCAUUAGUUCAUGGCAGACCUCGGUUCUACCAUCGUGGCUGGUUGCGGCUGCUGAAGGAAGGGGAAAGCUGUGGAGACUGCCGGCUGGACUUGUGCCCUGCAGCGCCCUCUAGCUGCCCGGCGGGCGUGGUGCUGGAUGAGUGCGGGUGCUGUAAGGAGUGUGGGAAUGUGGAGGGGCAGAUCUGUGACCCAGAUGGGAAACAGCGCUUCUACGGGCAAUGCGGGGAGGGCUUGGAGUGUGUAAAAGACUCCAGCAGGACCCCCGAGCCGCAGUGUAUGUGUCUCUCUGGGGACACUGUGUGUGGAUCUGACGGCAGGACCUACAAGAACGAGUGCAGGCUCCGGGAGGCCAGCUAUGGGGGUGCGGCCAACCUGAGCGUCAAACAACAGGGCCCCUGCUCCACAGUUCCCCUGAUCUCUCGCGCUCCUCGAGACUUGCAGAACUACACAGGAAAUGACAUCAUUUUUGGUUGUGAGGUGUCUGCUUAUCCCAUGGCUCACUUGGGAUGGAGGAAGAAGGGGAAGGAGACCUUCCUGCCUGGAGAUGAUGCUCACAUCUCAGUUCAGGUAAGAGGAGGACCUCAGCGAUAUGGGAUCACCGGUUGGCUGCAGAUUCAGGGUGUCACGAAGUCUGACGAGGGUGUGUAUACCUGCUACACCCGCAAUGCGUAUGGAGAGGCCUACGCCUCGGCUAGCCUCCAAGUGAUUGAUCAAGAUGUCACAUCCUCAAUGAUGAAGAUGAGGGUCGGCAGCCAGACCUCUAAUUACCUUGAGGAGGAAGAGGAAGAGUUCUAUGAUGAUACAGAGGAGGGGGAGGACGAUGGGGAUUAUGAGUCAGGAGAGUACCCUGAAUAA